AUGGAGCGGUUUAUGGACGACCAAGAUCUAUACGACCUUGGCGAGGACCCUGACCGUCUGCGCAACAAGCUUCUCGAGCGUAUGCCAGGGCUCUGCGACAAAACUGGAUCUAACUACCGCGCGGGUGAGGGGCGAUGCACAAGGCAUUGGCCUAAGUCUAAGAGCCUAGAGGCCAAGUGCGAUCGGAUGGAUUUUUACUUUCUUUUUGUAGAUAGGGAGGCUACAGAGCGUGACUUUGUGAAUGUAAUGUGGUUAGACUCAUACGGCGAGUGCCUAUUUAUUAACCAGAUAGCCGUUGGCAAGCUGGAGAGCAUGACGGUCAUGUUUGGGGAGAGGUUCUCUAUGGAGGAAGCCAUACUAUACUACGGCACUGAGGACAGCGCCGAUAUCAAUGGCGACAUAGUGCAUAGCGAUGAAGGAGAAGAAGAAUAUGUUGGGUCAUGGUCCAACUGGUUGACCUCAAUUUACACGCCACGACAAAAUAACGAUGAAUGGCGGCGCAAGCUUUUGGAUAACACUUGGUCUUGCGCCCUGUAUGACUGGAAGUAGGUCGCCGUGCGAAAAUCAGCGGUAUGCCAUCCAGUACAUGUCACUCGAUAUCCUGUGAGUCCGAGCUGAUGACCUGCAAAAACGUUGCGCGCACACUGACCAACCGCAGACUAGAGAGAGGCAAGGCAUAAGUUCCGAGUCUCCCUCAGCCCGAAAGGUAAAAAGCAGAAGUCAGCAGAACUGACACCAAGAGAAACCGGACGCUCAUUGUCCACUGAGACUGAGCGCCACCCUCAUCAUCCACAGCUUCCAUGCCCUUCCGUACUAGAUCGUAGUCGAGCCAUUCGCAUCUACUGAGGACUUCUAUCUUAGACUGGUUGCCCUUGAUUGCAUCAACGUCAGUCUUUGAAAGCUCCCUCU